AUGGGCUCAGAGUUCCUAUGCCUGCUUUGCCUUGGGCUGAGUCUGGGCUGUAGAGCGGAGGAAAAGAAUGAGACGCUUCCCAGGCCUUCGCUCAGUGCUUGGCCCAGCUCUGUGGCUGAACACGAGAGCAAUGUCACUCUGCGAUGCUGGACUCAUUUCCACAAUGUCACGGUCAUGCUGAGGAGAUUGCAUGACUCUGGGUACCAGCAAGAACAGAGCUCAGCAGGAAACAAGGCUGAGUUCUCCCUCACUGAUGUGCAGCCCAAGGAUGCCGGGGAAUACUUCUGUGCCUACAAGAUGGCAGUCUCCAGCAAGUGGUCAGAAGAGAGCCAGCGCUUACAGCUGGUUGUCACAGGGAUCUCAGAACCAUUGCAGACCAAGAAAGUAAGAAAAAACCAAACUGACUUCAUGCUCUGCAACGUGACCAGUAAGGACAAUGGAAACUACAGCUGUGUGCACUACCAGUGCAACUGGCCAUACCUGGGCUCCUCUCCCAGCCACGGCCUGGAGAUCCGGGUGUCAGGCAAACAUGAAGCCGUGUGCGGCACUCCUGGGACCCAGCACACAGGAGGCUGCGAGUUUGAGGCCAGCCUGGACUGUGCAGAGCGACCGCACGCGGCUGAGGAGGUGGGUAAAGCUCUCAUGAACUGA